AUGGCUAGUCCAAUCCUUUCUGAUCUCAAGUUCCUUCUGGGUAGAGUUCCAAAAUCAAAGAGAGAGAGAGAGAGUAUGGCAGAUGCACUUGUUUCUGGCCUUGUGAGUACCAUCUUGCGCAACUUGAAUUCUUCCCUACUGCAAGAAUUUGGGGUAGCUUUGGGCCUAAACGAUGAGAUACAGCGUCUUGAGAGUAUUUUUACUACAAUUCAAGCUGUGCUUCAAGAUGCGGAGGCUAAGCAAACGAAGAGUGAGGCUCUGCAGAAUUGGCUGAGAAAGCUUAAGGAUGCAGCUUAUGAUGUCGACAAUAUCUUGGAUGAUUUUGCAACCGAAGCUCUCAUCCGAAAGGAAAACCAUCAAAGAGGUGUGAUAAACCAAGUAAGUGCCUUCUUCACGUCUGGAAAUCCUUUCGUAUUUCGCUUAAGAAUGGCUCAUAAGGUGAAAGAUAUAAGGGAGAGAUUAGAUGCCAUUGCAGGGGAGAGGGUUAAGUUCCAUUUGAAAGAGGGUGUCACAGAUUCACAAGUUUAUGACAUGGAGAGAAGGCAAACUAGCUCACUUGUGAAUGAAUCAGAAAUUUAUGGUAGAAAUGAGGAGAAAGAAAUGAUAAUUGAUGUGCUGAUUAACAAUUUGAGCAAUCAAGAUGUUGUCUCCGUCUAUGCUAUAUGGGGUAUGGGGGGACUUGGAAAGACCACUCUUUCUCAAUUCCUCUACAAUGAUAAGAGGGUAGAGAGACACUUUGAGUUGAGGAUUUGGGUGUGUGUUUCUGAUGAUUUCAGCAUACUACGGCUGACCAGGGCAAUCAUUGAGUCGAUAGAAGGUGGUGGGUGCAAUAUCUCAGAGUUGGAUCCACUACAACGACACCUCCAAGAAAAAUUGAGUGGGAGGAGAUUUUUACUUGUGCUGGAUGAUGUGUGGAACGAAUACCAUGAUAAGUGGGAUGGACUCAAAAAUGCACUAAGGUGUGGAGCAAAAGGUAGUAUGCUUGUGGUAACCACUCGAAGUGAGAAAGUUGCUCUUAUGAUGGCUACACUUCCAAUAUUUAACCUGAGAUGUUUGUCGGAGGCUGAUUCUCGGAUUUUAUUCAAGCACCAUGCAUUCGGGAUUGGAAGGAGGGAGGAGAACUUAGAGUUGGAAACAAUCGGCAAGGCAAUAGUGAAGAAAUGUGGUGGGGUGCCCUUGGCAAUAAAGGCCCUUGGAAGCCUGUUGCGGUUUAAAAACAGCACAAGUGAAUGGUUAUCUGUGAAAGAAAGCGCAAUUUGGGAUUUAGCCGAUGGUGACAAUGAUAUCCCACCUGUCCUAAGGCUAAGUUAUGACAAUAUAUCUCCAUCUUCGAGGCAAUGUUUUGCUUAUUGCUCAAUAUUUCCCAAAGACUAUGAAAUGGAGGUGGACAUGCUGAUAGAGUUUUGGAUUGCAAACGACUUCAUUCCAUCUAAAGGAGAAACAAAUCCACAUCUUUUGGGCCAUGACAUCUUUAAUAAUUUGGUCUGCAGGUCUUUCUUUCAAGAUGUCAAGGAGGAUUACAAGGGUGACUUGACAUGUAAAAUGCACGAUCUGAUGCAUGAUCUUGCAAUGUCUAUUAUGAAACAAGAAUGCUACAUAAUAGAGCCUUGGAAGGAGCUGAAAAUUCCAGAAAAAGUUCGCCAUUUAUCUUUUUAUUGGAUCUCAAAUUGGAUGCUUCCUCGAUGCGAAGAUGUGCGAAAAGUGCAAUCUUUACGCUCUAUUGUAGUUCAAUCAAGAGGAGUGAACAAGGUGGAUAUUGCUACCUACAUCUCAAAACAAAGUCAUCUGAGAGUGUUGGAGUUGAAUGGGUAUCUCUUUAACAAAUUACCAUCGUCAAUUUGGAAUUUGAAACAUCUUAGGUACCUGAACAUGUCGGGCACUGGUAUAAAAAUUCCGAAAUCAACGAGUUUUCUUCAAAACGUGCAGAUGUUGAAGCCUGGAAAUUAUUGUGGGCUUCGUAAGUUGCCCAGUUAUGAGGGACCAAUAACGAUGGCAUAUGGGUCAAAGUGGUGUGGAAUUGAAAAACUACCAUCUUCAAUUGGGAAUUUGAAACAUCUUCGGUACCUCAACAUGUCGGACUCUAGGAUCAAGACCUUACCGGAUUCAAUGACUUGUCUGCAAAAUCUACAGACAUUGAAGCUGAAAGAUUGCAGGCUACUUCGUAAAUUGCCCAAAGGUAUGAAAAAUUUGAGAAAUCUUAGAUGUCUUGACAUUAGAGGAUGUGAUUCUCUUGUUUGUAUGCCUGCUGGACUCGGGCAGUUAAGACACCUACAGACUUUAAGCUUCUUUAUUGUGGGUUCGGACCGUGGUCAACAAAUAGGCGAGCUGAAAGAAUUAAAUCUUAGUGGUGAGUUGACCAUCAAGGGACUCCAUAAUGUAAGAGAUUCAGAGGACGCAAGAAGUGCCAACUUAAAGAGGAAGCAGGAUCUUUGUGCUUUGAUAUUGGAUUACGAGGAUAUCAAGACUGACAACUUACAAGAUAAUGAUGAAGAAAUUCUUGAUGGUCUCCAACCUCAUCCAAAUCUAAAGAAGUUGAGGAUAUGUUCGUAUCAAGGCUUGAAGUUUCCUAAUUGGAUGCUAGAUUUGGAUCUUCAAAAUCUGAUUAAAAUCUCUCUAGUUGGAUGUAAGAGAUGUGAACGUCUUCCACCUCUCGGGAAACUACCCUCCCUCAAGGAUCUUUCUAUUUUUGCAAUGGAUGCUGUUAAGUGUUUCAACAAUGACUACUAUGGAGAUGGGGAACAAUCAUUUCCAGCACUGGAAAAGCUCAGAUUCAGUGCAAUGCAUAGUUUGGAGGAAUGGACAACAGUUGAUAGAGGAGAAAUUUUUCCUCGUUUGCGGGAAUUAUACAUCAAUCAAUGUCCCAGGUUGACUGAAUUUCCUUGUCUUCCAUCACUUGGGAGAUUAAGCAUACAAAACAUCAAUGAGAUGCUAUUAAGGUCGGUGAUGGAUCUCACUUCACUUUCCUGGCUUGAAAUAUUUAGGUUUGAUGGGUUGGAGUUUCUUCCAGAUGGACUGCUUCAAAAUCACAAGGUUCUUGAGACCCUAUGGAUUAGUGGACUACGCAAUCUCAAGACCCUGUCACAUCAGCUGGAUAAUCUUUCUGCUCUGAAACAAUUGACAGUUAAGUACUGUAAUUCUCUCGAGUAUUUACCAGAUGGACUCAAAAACCUCAGAUCCCUUGAGACACUCGAGUUACAGGAUUGUGACAGCCUGACAUCCUUACCGGCGACAGGGUUACAAGGCUUGUCUUCCCUGAGAUCAUUGAAUAUAUAUUCCUGCAAGAAACUAAGUUGUUUAUCUGAAGGAGUGAAACACCUGACUGCUCUCCAAUAUUUGCGCAUAAAUAGAUGUCCAAAGAUGACGUCAUUGCCCGAAGACAUGCAACAUUUAAAUGCUCUCCGAGAGCUGAUUGUAUGGUCUUGUAAUGGAUUAGUUUCUCUACCGAAUUGGCUAGGAAGCCUCACGUCGUUGCAGUUUUUGAAUUGCCCCAACUUGAUCUCCUUGCCAGAUGGGCUGCAGUCACUCAAAACACUGUAUAUUAAUGAAUGUCCACAUUUGGAGAGGCGAUGCGAGAAAGAGAAAGGAGAGGACUGGCCAAAGAUAGCUCAUGUUCGUGAGAUUGGGAUCAAUUAUCGGAAAAUACAGUCCUUGAUCCCGCAUGACUAA